AUGAAGUUAAUAAUAAUCUUUGUAGCAGUCUGGAUCACGCUUGUUCGAAGCACAGUGGUUCAACGCGACCGUGUACUGGUGAAACCACCAGGCAAGAGUAAUGUCACCCUGGACGUUAUCAUCGACAAACCUAAGGAUGAUGAAAGUGGUGAAGUGAUUGUUAUGUUGCCGUCAUCGCAGCGCGGUUCUGAUGAAGACUUUGACCCCGUGGCAGAACGCAUCGCUCUUGCCGGUUACCGUGUACUGCGGCCGCAACCGCGAGGUAUCGGCCAGAGCCGAGGUUCGAUGGAGAAUCUCACAUUGCACACACUCGCCGAUGACGUGGCUGCCGUGAUCCAAGAGUUCGCCGCCAGCGGACAUCAAGCGGUCGUUGUAGGCCAUGCCUUUGGUCACUACGUGGCUCGUGUCACUGAUCUCGACUAUCCUGAGCUGGUGCGUGGCGUGGUCCUCGUCGCGGCUUCACGAUUCGGCGGAGAUUCCAAACUGAGCGCGAAACUCGACAAUAUCGCCGAUGGAACGCUACCGCAUGAAGAACGACUAGCUCUUCUCUACGACGCCUUCUUUGCGCCCGGGAACGACGCAACCGUUUGGCUAACUGGCUGGUAUCCGUCUCUGAGGAAUUUUUAUCGAAAUGCAUCUAGAACGCCGCCGAAUACCGCCUGGUGGCCCGUGUCGAACGCGCCUAUUCUCGAUCUACAAGCAGCCGACGACCCAUGGCGACCGCGUAACACAAGCCAAGAGCUGAGAGACGCACUCGGCGCUGACAAAGUCACCAUCAAGACGAUCGAGCACGCCAGUCACGCUCUUUUGCCCGAGCAGCCAAAACAAGUGACCGAUGCCAUCGUCGCCUGGAUCAAAGCAUUGCCGUCGUCGGCAGUGAGCUACACUAACAAAGAUUCCAGCGGCAUGAUCGUACUUUGUACUUUUGUUUUCGUGUACAUUCCUCAACUGUUAUUUCUCAUAUAA